CCCGGCAGGUUGCGAAUGUCGCACUCUCAGUGUAACCUGAGCCCCAUCAGCCCAGCAGCAGGGCAGAGCCGCCCCUGCUGCCCACUCGCACCCAGGGCCCAGCCAGCACCAGCAGCAUGGAGACACCCAGCAAAGACCACCGCAUUGUCCUGGGCUCUGCGGAGUCCUACACCAGCCGUCCCUCAGACUCGGAUGUGUCCCUGGAGGAGGAUCGUGAAGCUCUGCACAAGGAGGCUGAGCGCCAGGCCCUGGCACAACUGGAGAAGGCCAAGACCAAGCCAGUAGCAUUUGCAGUGAGGACAAAUGUGGGCUACAACCCAUCCCCUAAUGAUGACAUGCCAGUCCAGGGUAUGGCCAUCUCCUUUGAACCCAAAGACUUCCUGCAUAUCAAAGAGAAAUAUAACAAUGACUGGUGGAUCGGGCGCCUGGUGAAGGAGGGCUGUGAGGUGGGCUUCAUCCCCAGCCCUGUCAAACUGGAAAACAUGAGGAUGCUGCAGGAGCAAAAGAUGAGGCAAAACCGCCUCAGUUCAAGCAAAUCAGGGGACAACUCCAGCUCCAGCCUGGGAGAUGUGGUGACGGGGACCCGCAGACCCACCCCACCUGCCAGCGGUACUCUGGACAUGACUAACUUAGCUUAUGACCCUGAUGCCCUUGACUUAGAAGAUGAGGAGGCCGAAGGCCUGGAGAACCACCGCUCCCCUAAGACUAGCGUUAGCAGUGUCACCACACCCCCCUCCAAUGUCAAGCGCAUCCCCUUCUUUAAGAAGGCGGAGCACGUGCCUCCCUAUGACGUGGUACCCUCCAUGCGGCCAAUCAUACUUGUGGGGCCGUCUUUGAAGGGGUACGAGGUGACAGACAUGAUGCAGAAAGCUCUUUUUGACUUCCUGAAGCAUCGCUUCGAUGGCAGGAUCUCCAUCACGCGGGUGACAGCCGACAUCUCCCUGGCCAAGCGCUCCGUGCUGAAUAACCCCAGCAAACACACCAUCAUCGAACGCUCCAGCACGCGCUCCAGCCUGGAUGUCUUGGCUGAGGUGCAGAGUGAGAUUGAGCGCAUUUUCGAACUGGCCCGGACCCUGCAGCUUGUGGCUCUUGAUGCGGACACCAUCAACCACCCAGCCCAGCUAGCCAAGACCUCACUGGCCCCCAUCAUUGUGUACAUCAAGAUCACCUCCCCUAAGGUGCUCCAGAGACUGGUCAAGUCCCGGGGAAAGUCCCAGGCCAAACACCUGAAUGUGCAGAUGGUGGCAUCAGACAAACUGGCACAGUGCCCUCCUGAAAUGUUUGACAUCAUCCUGGAUGAGAACCAAUUGGAAGAUGCCUGUGAGCACCUGUCUGAGUAUCUGGAAGCCUAUUGGAAGGCCACGCAUCCACCCAGCAGCAACCCACCCAAUCCCCUCCUGAACCGCACCAUGGCUACUGCUGCCCUAGCUGCCAGUCCCGCCCCUGUCUCCAACCUCCAGGGCCCCUACCUAGUGCAUGGGGAGCAGACGUGUGAGGGGGAGCGUGCUAGCCUUCAUGACUACCCAGGGGAGCCGGCCACCCGCAGCCAGGGGCGUCCAGGCCAGCCCCAUGCUCGCCUAGUCAACCGUGGCCUAUCGCGCCAGGACACCUUCGACUCGGAGACCCAGGGCAGCCGUGACUCGGCCUACACAGAGCCGGGCGAUUCCUGCAUGGACAUGGAGACGGACCCCUACGAGGAGCCUGAAGCUGAGCCGCGCAGCACCCCUGGUGCCUACCACCGAGGGCUGGGCCGCCACCACCUCCACCUGCACCAGAGCUCCUGGGAUGAGGAUGAGCCAGAUCGGGAGAACCACAACCGGCAACCUCGGGGCAAGGGGCGAGACCACUACUGCCAGAACGAGGAGGAGGCCAUGGGCAUGAACAAGAAUGACAUGGAGGCCUGGGGGCGGGACGUGUACAUCCGCUAAAGCCGGGGCAUCUGCCUCAGCAGGAGAGGGAUGGUGUGCGGGGAUCUUCCCCUCCCCCCCCCAGGCCCCCUGACUAUGAGGCUUCCCUACUUUGGUUGUUUUGGGUUGGGGUGGCCCUUGCCUCCUUAACCAGGGCUGGCCUCAGAUUAUAUGGUGCCCCCAUCCAGCUUGGAUGAGGGCUCCCCUGCCUCCCCCCCACCCCAUAUGGGGCUCCCUUGCCAGCAGUGCCAUGGGGACCCCUUUGCCAAUGGUGACACAGGCCCCCCCAACUCAGCACCCAGAGGGGGCCCCUGCCAACACUCCUGGGGCCCCUCUCACCUCCUAUAAGAUUGUGAAUAUUCACCUCCACCUUAAGCCCCUCCUUGGCUCUGUGGGUCCCCUGGGUACCCAGAGAGGAGGGGCGCCCUGGCGUCCACUUUUGCCUCGGGCCAUCCCUGCCCCCAAAGGGAGUAAGUGACCAAAUGGAUCCAGCCAGCUCCCCUGCUGCCUGUCAUGGCCCUGCCCCAGUGGGUGGGAAGCCUAGAGCUGGGCACUGUCUGUCCCCACUCCCUGGGGAAGGAAAGCAUGUUCAACCCUGGUCUGUAACUAAUCACUUCUGGGGCUGUCUAGGGGGAUGGCCUUCCUCCAUCUUCCUCUUCCCCACCCCGGGCUCAGCUUCUCCCCAGUUUGCAUCCUUGCCCCAUCCCAUCGUAUUUCCAUGGUGCUCUUGACAACCCAGCUGAAGAGGGGAGCUGUGGCGCUACCCCUGGUUUCUUUAGAGAGUUCUGAUAGCUGUGGGGAGUCAGUCUCUGCCCAGCAAUGAGGAAUCUCCUCUUCUGUCCAGUGCCUACGAUUAUGUCUAGCCCUUUGUCCGUACAGACAGCCGUAACCCCAGCCAACGGUGCCAUAGCCUACCUCCCAUCAUGGCUUGACCUGUCUCUAUUCUCCAGUGCCUCAGCCUCCAGCCCCCCGUGGAUUUAUUUUACAUGCUAAACCACAACAGAUUUGGGGGUGGGGAUGCCUGCACUCCAGCCUGCAUGCGUGUGUGGUGUAUACUGCUGUGGGCGUGCCCCAGGCCGGGGUAUUGAGGGAAUGAAGGGGGCUAACCUGUUUGGAUCUAAUUGGACUCCUAGUUGAUCUGUACCGUGCUGACUCAAAGCAUGGAGGGGGAAGCUUGUGUGUGAUGCCAUAGGCUGGGCAUUCUUCUGGUGGGCUGAAGGGACUCUGCCGAGCGUGUCAGGGCAGUUCCAGGACAUCCCAGUCCCAUGUGACAUCAAAGCAAUCCCCCUUGCUGGGAGCAGUCAUCCUCACCAGUGGUCCUGCCUACUGCCUAAGGAGAGGAGGUGCCCUGUGAUGACAUCUUGGCCUGGGCUACCCUCUCCCUGGGGCACGGCCUGUUUGGUUUUCCCCUUCACAGAGCUGCUGUCAUCAGACUGCAGGUGCUUUGCAGGGUGCUUCCAUUUGAGGAGCUUGGGCUGAAAUGAAGGCAGGGAGACAGUUUCUGGCAGAACAGGCUAUUUUUGCAAAAUGGUCUAUGGCACCCUUUAGUGGGGGGGACGGGCUCUUCCAGAAGGGUGUUUAUACACUGUGCUCAGGGGGAACAUGCUUUAAUUAGAGCAGCUCCAAGAGCAGCUCCAGGAGCUCCAAGAGCUGCUCUAAUUAGAACACCCAGAGAGUCACAUGUGUCAGUGUCCCUGUGCUGAAAAAUGGCAGCAGGGGCACUUUAACUAAAGCCAUUUAGUUUCAAAACUAACUCGAAUGAGCUUCAGUUAAAUUGCCCCCGCCACCAUUUUUCAGUGCAGGGACACUGACAUACUUGACCAACUGCAGUCUGCUGGAGCUCACCAAUUACCACUCUGGCAGACUUGAUUAAUCAAGUCUGGAUUAAUCAAGUCUGCUCCAAUGCGCUGUAACUACACGUUGUAAUUACAGCAUGUUGGAGCAGCCUCACUGCAUAUGUAUAGGCACCUGAAAUGCCCCUGAGUGGGUGAGGGGGAGGGGAGAUCAUUUCUACACUGGGCUGGGGGGACAGGGGUGUCUAACGUGAGUGGUUUGUGUACUAAUGGCUUCCUCAGUCCUGGCCUGCCGUGUCACCUUGUGCCAUACUAGGGGCAACAGCCAAAGUACCCAGCCCCUUUGUUUAUGGGCCUCAGGUGGAGGGGUGGGAUUUUUACUUGGCCAAAACCUUCAGCGCCCCCCAGUCAUCUCCUCUCUCUGGGCCUGUAAUAUCUGCCCAGAACCCUCCAGACCUUUCCCCUCCCUGCCAGCUGGGACUCUGCCCCUUUCGCCCACCCCUGGUCUUGAGCAUGAGGAAUCUGGCUGGAUUGAGCCCAGAGAAGCUGUGCCUGACCUGUGACUUCCAGGCAGAGCUGCAUCCCUUACAUUCUGCCAAAACCUGGCUUUGGCCAACCUAAAAUGGUUGAGGCUGCCCAGUGCCCUUCCCCUCGUCUCCCCGCCCCCUUCUGGCUGCAGUUUCUGGGCAGUGCCUCUCUGACCGACAAGCAUUCAGUCCUUUGCUGCCCAUUCAUGCAGUACCUGCGUCCAUGUGUGCCAACGUGUGUCCGUCCAUCUCCGUGCCCCUUGGGAAUGGGCUGGAGGUGGUCUCAGCUGCUCCCCCUCCUUCACUGUGAAGUCUCUGGGUUUUGUCUGUCUGUACCCAUACCCUCUGCAGGGGCUGGCACCUCCCUGCUCGCCUGGCCUUGAGCGGUGGCUUUAUAGCCAGGGGCCCUGCCUCACCUUACUCUCCCUGGCAGGGUGUUAAGCUUUGCAUCUGGUUUCAGUGGGGGCCGAGACAGCCCCUGCUCUCAGGUACUGCUAGGAGCUUCCCCAGGGGAACUCAGGAGCUACUGCCUUUGACAAGAGCGAGGGGCCUUUCUAGACUAGUGCCGCUCUGUCCUGGGUGGGGAGAAGGGGUGGUAGUGGCUGUCUUCCCCAUGGAGGCUGCUUGAUGGGUUCCAGCCAGGCAACUUAGCUGCUACAACGGGAUGGCGAUGCCAGAUUUCUACACCCACCUCUAUCGUGGAGUCAGGUCACUCUCCCCAUGUGUGUGCCUCGUCCUCCCCGUCCGUGAACCCCGGGGCUAACGAGCACCCCUCUGUUAAGUGCUUUGAGACCUGCAAGCUCCAGCCACCUCAAUGUGUUGUAACCACCACGUGUCACAGCUGUCUCUAUGCUGCUGCCCCACACCUCACAACUGCCACGGGCCUUCCUGCUGCCAGGCCAAGGAGUAGAGAAUCCCCCUCAGCAAGGCAGGGUCUAGGACAUGCCCAUGGCCAAGUCUGCUUUCAGCCAGCAGGGGGCAGCAGGGUGGGGGAGGGCCAGAAAGGUGUCUUCAACACGGCCCUAGCCUUUUUGCAAAGCAACUUUAAAGGAAAGAGAUGUCCUGUAUUUCCGUCAUUUAACAAACUAUUUAAAAGAAGUGUAUUUUAUUUAUUUAUUAUUGUUUGUUGAGGGAAGGGGGGAAAUAUUAUCCCAUUUGCUUGAUUCUUUGUAAUAAAUAUUUCACUGAGAACUCUGACAGUGGCUCCACGAGGGGUGUGUGAUUACUGGCCCCAUGUGUUUCAUGGUUGGGGUAGGGGGUUGGUGCCUUUUCCAUGGUCACAUCUUGCCUCUCUCCAGUACAGUCUAUUUGGGGUUGGUUCUCUGUAAAUCAAUGCAUGAGAGGCUGGCUCCCUUCUGCGUCUAGCCCUGAUCCGCUUCUGAUCUUGGGAAACCUCUGUUGUCCCUGCUGUGCAACUGU